GAAUCUUUUCGCUUCAUCUCUGAAAUGGGGUUCUGUUCUUCGUUCUUCUUUUCCUGUUUGGUUUGUAAAUCCUCGUUGUUUAUGCUCCUCUAGGGGCCUGUUUAAUUGCUAUCUCUUGUGUUCUUCAUGUUUUACAAUGUUGAUUUCUGCUAUGAUCGAUUAAGUAAAUGGGAUGUCAUUGGACUGGUUGUGCUCUGUUUUCUUAUUUUGUUAGCUUUUCUUGGUCUCCUUUCUUUGUUCUUCUCCUUUCUUUGUUAGAUGUUUUGGCCUGCGUGCGAGUUUGUCAGCUUCCAGCAUUCCCUGCUCACUCUCUUGGCAGGAUUGCAGGGACAACCUUUGUCUUCUUGCUUAUGAUUCCACACGGACUUUUGUAUUUAUGUGUUCUAAUAAUUGUGUUUCAUGCUCUAUUGAACCAGCAGAUGGUGAACCAACUGAUUUUUUGUUUAGAAAGUUCAUUUUCAUCUAUGUUUAUGUGGAUUCAUUUUUCCCUUGGAUGUAAAUUAUUGCAUUUUGAUCUUGUUUUGUUUUCUUUCCAUAUAUGUUUUUAAUGUCAUAAAGGAUGAUAAGAAUGUUUGAUUAAUCUAACGUUUCCAUUUUGUUUUCUAACUUUUGUCUUGGAAGAAACGCAUGAGAAUAAAAAUCUUAAAUGAGAGAAGGCUAUGGAUGUGUCUUGAAGUUCUAUUGCCUCUCAAAUUCUGCCCUUGAGUUAAGGUGUUGUGUCAAAUUCUGAUGGCUGAUCAGCAGGGUGACGUGCAAAUGACUACGACUGCGGGUACUAGUUCGAGAAGAAGCUCUACAGGAUGGAUAAGUUCUUCAAAUAGUGGAGAAAAAUUUGUGCCUCAUUAUCGAAGAAUAUCUACUGGUUCCUGUCAUGAUAUCUGCAAAUAUGGGAAAAACCAUACUUUUGAAACCAAGUCAAGACAACCAGUGGCUAUGACAAGAAAAUCACUGGACGGUGGACGUUCGGUUGAUGAUGUGGUACUUCGUGAGAGAAAGAAAACAGGUGGAGGUUCGGUAGAUAGUGUGGUCAUUCCUGAGAGAAAGAAAACGAUUAUGACUGAAAGGUCGAAGCAUAUGACAAGAAAAUCACUGGAUAGUGGAAGUUCGGUUGACAGUAUGGUACUCCCUGAGAGAAAGAAAACAACUUCAACUCGAAUGUCGAAAAAUGUGGCAAGAAUAUCACUCGAUGGUGGAAGUUCGGUAGAUGGUGUGGUACUUCUUGAGAGAAAGAAAACAGCUUCACCUCGAAUGUCAAAAAAUGUGGCAAGAAGUUCGAUAGAUGGUGUGGUACUUCUUGAGAGAAAGAAAACAAUUUCAACUCGAAUGUCGAAAAAUGUGGGAAGGAUAUCACUUGAUAGUGGAAGUUCGGUCAAUAGAACGAUACUUCCUGAGAGAAAGAAAACAGCUUCAACUCGGACGAAGGCUGAACUUUCAUCAACUUCCAGAAUGUCUGGAGCUAAUGUGACCACCUUGACAAAGCCUAGUCCAGUGCAGAGAGAAGUCUCAAAUGGAAGGAAGAAAAAACUGUUGUCAAGUCCAAAGCUGAGAGAAGUCCUGAAUGAAAGAAAGAACAAAUUGUUGGCUGAGCCGAAAGCCUUAGCCAAGUCGAGAUCACAUACUGCAAACAUGCUGAAAAACUCGAAGCCUGAAACGUCUACAGCUACUAGAAAUCCAGAAGACUCUGCAGUUCUUGCAAAAACCAAGGAGAGAAAGUUACCUGAAAAGUCUGAAAAUUUUGUGAAAUUGAAGUCUAUUAAAGUAAACCCAUUGAGAUCUGCAGUGUCUACAGACGGUUCGCGAAGAACAAAUGGUUCGAAAAUGGUAAAAAAUUUUGGGACCUCCAAAGUAGCUGCAAAGAAAGUGGUGGCAACCUCAACAGGUUCAUUUUCCUCAAAUUCUAUCUAUGGAAAUGCAAACUUAACUGCAAGAAAGCAUGUUAGCUUGAAAGGCGGUCUGCAUAAAACUCAUAACAAGAACAAACUAUCUGACCAUGAACGAGUCCAGAGUGAAGAGGUCAACAAGAAAACCUUCCGAAGUGAAGAGGUUCGAGGAGAAACGUUCCAGAGUGAAGAGGUCCAAGGAGAAACCUUCCAGAGUGUAGAGGUCCAAGAGAAGACCUUGUAUGUCAUCAAGGUAGAAAAUGAGGAGAUGCCUCAUCAAUCUGAUGGUCAAAAUGAAACUUUUGAUAACAUGGAACCAUUGCCAUCGUCCCGGCUUAAUUCGCUAUCACCGCCAUCAGCUCAGUAUAUUUUGGCUAACGUAAAAGAUCAAGAUGUAUCUGAAUACACGGAGAGUGAAACAGAGAAUGACUCUUUCUCUGAAAGCAAUGAAUAUGGCAGCAUGGAAACAGAUAAUGCUUCAAGUGAAGAAGGUGGUCAAAAUGCAAGAUACCAAAAUCCUCGGAUAUUGCAUAAUAAAGAAGAGGAUCCCCAAUCUACAAAACUAAGUUUCAGGAGAGGGAAAAUCAUUGACAUCCCUGCCAAGAGUAAUAGUCCGAGGAGGCUUAAAUUUAGGCGUGGAAGGCUGUUGGGGGAGAGCCAAAGGGAUGCAGAUGGCCUAAGGAAGAACUUCAAGAUGGGAACAGAAGUCGACGGCGAUACAGCAACGGCUCAAGAAAUAGUUGUUCUGAGGCACCAAGAUGUGCAGCAGAGGAGAAAAGACGCACAGGGACUGUUUAACAAUGUCAUUGAAGAAACCGCAAGUAAACUGGUCGAAACUCGAAAGAGCAAGGUUAAGGCCUUGGUUGGUGCAUUUGAAACAGUGAUCUCCCUGCAAGAUGGAAGACUUUCUCCUGAGUAUUGACACUUGGACUUGUGAAUCUCUAAUUGUCUGCGUAGAGUGAAAGAGGUCUGGACUUGGUGUGCUAACGCUGCAGAAUAGGUAUAGAUUUCUCUUUUUAAUGAUAGGAAGAUUAUUCUGUACACAGUUAGAUAGGAAGCAUUGUUUUAGGAAGAUUAUUCUGCUCCCUAA